GAGGUGUGGCAGGUCUAUGAGGCCUUGGCCUCCAUCCCCAACGGCAACUUCACCGUGGCCGCUGCCUUCGGCAACGUGCACGGCGUCUAUGCCCCGGGCAACGUGAGCUUGAAGCCGGUGAUCCUGCACAACACCCAGAAGUACAUCAAGGAGAACCGGGAGAAGUUGGGCUGCGACAGCGACAAGCCGGUGUCCUUCGUCUUCCACGGCGGCUCCGGCUCCUCCCUGGAGGACAUCCGCUACGCCAUCGAGGCAGGCGUGGUGAAGAUGAACAUCGACACCGACACCCAAUGGGCCUUCUGGGAUGGCAUGAACGAGUACCAGAAGAAGAACAAGGACUACUUGCAGGCCCAGAUCGGCAACCCUGAGGGUGCUGAGAAGCCCAACAAGAAGUACUAUGAUCCUCGCAUGUCCUUGCGCUCCGGAGAAGAGUCCAUGGCGGAGCGCUUGGUGAAGUGCAUGGAGGAUCUCAAGUGCGUGGAUGUCCUCUGA